CUACCUAUACAUGUGGGGUGGGGACCAGCCUGAUCUCCCUGAAGUACACAAUAAUGAGAAGAAGAAAUCAAUGUGUUCUGUAGUGGAGGUCUGUCACCUACCAACUGGUGAGUGGGUACAAAAGCCUACCACUGGUGACCCUCCACUUGGUGUCUGGGGAUAUGCUGCUGCUGUCAUUAGAAAUGAAAUAUUCUUUUUUGGAGGAGAUUGUGGUCAUAGUUACUGUUUUCAUAAUAGUUUAUACAGUUUUAAUGUUGAUACCUUCAAUUGGAAGGAACUCUCUCCUACUACAUCUCAUCAUAGUCCUAUGAUGAAGGGCUACUCUGGCAUGAUAGCAAUAAAAGUGAAUGACGAGGACUAUCUUGCAGUAAUUGGAGGAGAUGGACUAUCUUCUAAUAAUUCCCCUCCACAACCUGGUGCCCAGUACAGUAGACAUGAUGUUUUUCAAUUUUGCAAUGAAGUACAUAUGUACAGAUUAAAAACUGGUGAAUGGACUUCACCAACUGUCACUGGAGAGAGACCACCUCCUACUGAUCAGUUCACUUUAACAUCAAUAACUAAUACCACUGCAAUAUUGUUUGGUGGUGAUAUUAAUGAUAGAGUCAGUAAUGAUGUGUAUACAUUUCAAUUUACUGAUACAUCAGUAAAAUGUACAAAGUUUUCUAAUCCUGGAGGAUCAGUACAAUGGCCUAAGGAGAGAUAUGCUCAUUCCAGUACUAAUAUACCAGACAGUGUCACUGAUAGACGGCGUAAUUCUCUCUCAGUUUGGAAUGAGACACAGACCACUCACUGGAUAAUUGAGUUUGGAGGAAGGAGAGGUGAUUCAUACCUCAGUGAUACAAGAUUUAUUGAAAUUGGUGAGUAG